AUGGAGAGCCCUGGAUACUUCUGGACUCUGAAUGGGGGGCCAGGCUUCAGCGAUGAUAUGAGGCUCUCUGCUAAGAAGGGCCCGGAGAGCAAUGGGGAGGUUCCCGCAGGGAAAAACUGCAUCCCUCCGGAGGGGCGGGGGCUCGGCUUUGAUGCCAGGGCACCUUUUGUUCCUGGAGACGCUCUGCCAGCCAGGUGCGUGGAGGGAGUGCAGCCCGCCCUCCGGGGCGACGCGCGGGGCUGGGGCGGGCCGGCGGCUCCGGGGAGUGGCGGCCGGGAGCCCGCGAACGCGGGUGGGCGCCGUCGCCUCACUAACCGGGCGCCUCCGGGAAAUCCGGGCGGGGUCCGCCGCUCGCACAUAGAAUUAGCGUCCUCUAAACUCCAUCCCUGGGAAAAGCCGCCGCACUUCUCACCCAAACUCGCGGAGCCGAGGGGUUGGGCAGGGGUUGGGAGGGCGCGGGGGCCGCCGAGGCGGAUCCGGGAACGGGUGGACCCGGGCGGCCAAGCCUCUUCAGCGCCGGCCCAACAGCCCCGCCCGGGCCAGUCCAGCGGGGCGGGGGCUGGUGACACAAAGGCGGCGGCGGGUCCUCCGGGCCUCCGACCUCGGGCAGUCGCAGGGCGCCCCGGGCCGCCUGACCUUCCCUGGCGUCGCGGCCCGUCAGCCGGCGCCGCCCGUCGCCCGCCCUCAGCCGUACGGCGAGGCGUGGCCUCCUCAGCCGGCGCGGGGUGCCCUGGGGCCGGAGGCGGGUCCUGGGCACCAGCGGUUCCGAUCCCCCCCCGCCCUCCGCGCCGCACCCGAGUGGCCCCCAGCCGAACGGGCCCCCACCUCCUGGCCCGGCCUGGGCCCUCCUGCGCCUCCCUUGGCCUUUGUCCAGCGCCAGGAGGCCGGUCCCGCGCCGCCCGCGGCCGCCCGGGCCCGCGCCCGCGUCGGGCGCCCGGCUCUGUACGCGAGCCCGGGGAUCUGCGGCCUUCGUGCUCCCCCCUCCCCCGCCCGCCCUUUCGUGGAGCCCGGCGCAGGCGGCUGCUGCCCGGGCGGGGGGUUGCGGCGCUCAGGGGAGGCCCCGGCUCCGCCCCGGGCCUGCCCAGGGGGAGAGCGGAGCGGCCCGCAGCCGGGUCGGGUCGGGGCCCCUCCCGGGAGGAGCGUGGAGCGGCGGCGGCGGCGGCGGCGGCAGUAGAAAUGAUGGAAGAAUUGCAUAGCCUGGACCCACGACGGCAGGAAUUAUUAGAGGCCAGGUUUACUGGAGUAGGUGUUAGUAAGGGACCACUUAAUAGUGAGUCUUCCAACCAGAGCUUGUGUAGCGUCAGAUCCUUGAGUGAUAAAGGAGUAGAGGUAUUUAACAGACUCCCGAGAAAAAGCAGAAUGACCAGCGAAAUCGGAAAAGAAAAGCUGAACCAUAUGAAACUAGCCAAGGGAAAGGCACUCCUAGGGGACAUAAAAUUAGUGAUUACUUUGAGUUUGCUGGGGGAAGCGGGCCAGGAACCAGCCCUGGCAGAAGUGUUCCACCAGUUGCACGAUCCUCACCGCAACAUUCCUUAUCCAAUCCCUUACCGCGACGAGUAGCACAGCCCCUCUAUGGUUUAGAUGGCAGUGCUGCAAAGGAGGCAACAGAGGAGCAGUCUGCUCUGCCAAUCCUCAUGUCAGUGAUGCUAGCAAAACCUCGGCUUGACACAGAGCAGCUGGCGCAAAGGAGAGCUGGCCUCUGCUUCACUUUUGUUUCAGCUCAGCAAAACAGUCCCUCAUCUACGGGAUCUGGCAACACAGAGCAUUCCUGCAGCUCCCAAAAACACAUCUCCAUCCAGCACAGACAGACCCAGUAUUCCACAGAAGAAAAGUACCUACACUUUGAAGGCCUUCCAACCUCACAAUAGAAAAAAUAUCUGCACUAGAAAACAGUAAGAAUUCUGACCUAGAGAAAAGGGAGGGAAGAAUAGAUGAUUUAUUAAGAGCCAACUGUGAUUUGAGACAGCAGAUUGAUGAACAGCAAAAGA